CUUCUAUUUUCUCACUUUCCCUUUCUCUUUGUCUUUUGUCAGAGGAAAAAAAAAGAAAAAAGAAAAAAGAAAAAAAGAAAAGAUAACAACGUUGUUAACGAUGACUAUGAUAUAUAUUACCUGAUCGUCCUCACGAAUCAUUCAGAUUAUAUAAGCGUUUUGCGGACGAUGACUUAUCGCACAGUGUGUUAAUUAUUGCACAAUGUGUUAAUAUUAUACACAGAUUUAUCGAGAACAACGUGUUUCCUCUUCAUCUGUAUACUUUCUACGAUUAACUUUUUCCUGUUAACAGUGGCUCAACUCGUUGGAAUCGUUUUCACUUCGGUUCGCCUGCCAUUUAAUUUCGUUCGAAAGGCGAACAAAUAGAGGGAGGAACGUUCUAGCAAUAUCGUCACUUUAACGAAGAGAUACAAUGAUGAAAGGGGAAACAGGUGUCGUAUAAAUAAAGAGCCAAUUAACGCGGGAAUUAAUUAAUAGUAACGAGGAUUCCGCGUCAAACGACGAACAAAGUUGUUCGUUUACGUACUUCUUUCGAUUCACGAGUUUAUUGUCAAUUGUUUAUUUUCUCUUUUAUCUUCAUCGAGCGCUGCUGAACAAUUAUUUUUCUGAUGAUUCAUUUCAUCCUUGCAUUUUACAUGCGACGCAAUUAUUCGUUUAAGGUUAGGUUUAUUGGACGCGUCAGACGUUGCUCCUCUUCUCUCUCUCUCUCUCUCUUUCUCUCUCUUUCUCUCUCUCUCUCUCUCUCUCUCUCUUUCUCUCUCUUUCUCGAGGUUGUCACUGUUCUCCGUUGAGAUGUGUUUGUUUUCGUUGGCUGUUUUGUUGCCAUGGUGUUUCACCGGCGGACGAAUGUUUCCAAUGUUUUACACUCGAAACAUGUAAAAUUCCUCUUCUAUAUUCUUCCUCAAAAGAAAUUUAAACAAUCGUUAUUAUUAUCAUAUAAACGGACAAGUUUUCUAUUCUCUACCUCUUUGAUCUUCUUUUUUAAGAUCUUCUUUCUAAAAGAGAAUAUCAUCCGACAAAUACGAACAUUCGUCCAGUUGCGUCUCCUUAAGUAAGAGGAACGCCAUUUGAUUUUCCGAAACUGAUUUGCAAUCAGCCUUCUCAAUCUCAAUAAAAUCCUUUUUUUUUUUUUCCUCCUUUCCAUCUUUGUAAACUUAAUUUCUUUCGCAUCGCAGGAGUAAUAUCUCCCCUUUCCUGCAUUCAUGAUUUCGUUAUACUCGGAAUAAACGGACAAAUCAUCAUCUCGAUUCUCGCGCAUCUAUGAAAUAAUCUUCUACUGAUGAUAAUGAUAAUAAUAAUAAUAAUAAUAAUAAUGAUAAUGAUAAUAAUAAUAAUAAUUAUAAUAAUGAUAAUGAUAAUAGAUGUAUACGAAACCGCUUCUACCUCAAUGAAACAAAGAUACACGUACAAUAUUAUAUACACUUUAAACAUGUAUAUUAUACACGCAUACAUACAUCCAAUAUACACAUGUAUUAAACUCACGGUACGCAUAGACGAUCACGUUAAUAGUUACAAUAACGUUUCGUACAAUUGUGUGUCGCUUAUGGUUCCUUCUCAGUUUUUCUUUCUCGUGAAGUAUUAUCUACCUAUCUAUUUAUCCACAUUUAUCCAAAAAUGGUGCGUUUCUAUAUUUUUUUGUUUUUGUUUGUUUCUUUAUACCUACAUACAAUAAAAACAGAAAGCAAAGAACAAAAAAAGAAAGAGAAAAGAAACCGCAACAAACUCGAGAUACAAUUGCAUAUUGCAUAAAAAUAUCUAAUAAUUAUAUUGUAUGAUAUAUAAAGAGAGAUAACGAUGAUGAUGAUGAUGAUGAUGAUGAUGAUGAUGAUGAUGAACUUAUUGCUGCCGAAAGCUGCCGCGAAUAAAUAUAUCGGAUAAUAAUAUUGUCCUUCGUUUUUUCCUCCUACCUUUUUUCUCUCUCUCCUCCCCCCCUUCUCACUCUUUCCUCAAUUUCGAAACCGUCUUCACGAUCAUCCCACUCUCCCCUUUUUUUUUACCCUAUCCUCACCAUCAGACGACCGAGUAUAUGUAAAUAACAUCCGUUUAUAUUUAUUUAUUUAUGUUUCUAUGCGCUGGACGCGUCUAUGUUACACGCAAUCGCAAAUUAAUCGAUUAACUAUUCCUAUUGAUAGAACGAAAGAGUACACUCAUUUUUUCAAUAUAAAUAUAAAAAUGGAUAUAUAUAUAUAUAUAGAAUAUAUAUAUAUACAUAUAUAAAUAUAUAAAUAGAUAGAGUAUAUUAUAUGUAAUAUUAAGGAGGUACUUGUUUAGGUCGUAAGCGAGCCCCGAACUCGUCGUCCCGCAAUGCGACAUCGCAAGGAGAGAGAAAAAAAAAAAAGAAAAAGAAAAAGAAAAAGAAAAGAAAAAAAAAAGAAAAAAAAAUAAAUAUAAAUGAAUGAAUGAAUACAUAUUAUAUAGAACACAAGAACAGGAGAACAGAAUACACAAUGUGUACACGUAUACACGCGAAGAAAAGAAAAAUAUGCGAGGAAGGAUUGGAGGGUUAAAGAGAAAUAAUAAUAAUAAUAAUAAUAAUAAUAAUAAUAAUAAUUAAUAAUAAUAAUAAUAAUUAUAAUUAUAAUUAUAAUAAUAAUAAUAAUAAUAAUAAUAAUAACAACGCGCGCGGUGCACGCCACGCGACUCGAGUUUCUCCUCGGAAUUCUGGAUCACGGGAUAAAAUUUUCGAAAAAUGUCGAUUGGGAGGGGAACGAAGAUGUCGAGAAGGCGUACUCUGGGCAUUUUUAAGAACUAACUAAGGGGAGCAUAGUGAAACUCGGAGGGGAAAAUUUCGGAAGGGAUUAUGUUAUGGGUAUUCGAUCGAUCGAUCAUUGAUUUUUCUUUUUUUUUUACUCAUUCUUUAUUUAAACACGUUGAUAUAUAUAUAUUUUUUUUCAAUUUCUCCUUUAACGUUGGAACGAUCGAUCAUUUCCUUUGAAAAAUAGAAAAGGAAGACAGAGAUUUUAUAUAUAUAUACAUAUAUUUUUUUUAAGAUUUUAUGAUUUUUAUAGAAAGGAACGUAAUAGAAAUAUACUUUUCUCGUACGAGUUGUUAUGCACCGCACACGAUCAACGUGAAAAUUCCCGUCAUCUCGGCAUCGAUAUAUAUACGUUCGUAUCGUUCCGUAUUUCGGACAAUCGACAACUCGAUUCGGUAUAUAUAAGAAAAGAGCGUUCUUGUUAUAUUUUACUUUUUUUUUUUUUUUUUUAAAAAGAAAAGGAGAAAAAUCGUGGCUUGCACCGCAUAGCGUCACAGUGGUUACCAAUUUUGUUUUUAAGUUGAAAAGAUUAAGUUUUGCGUUACGAUUAUGAUAUAAAUCUGUGGGUAAGGAACGCCAAGAAAGCGUGAACAGGAAUGCGAAAAGUAAACACGGAGAUGGUAAAAUGGCCGUAUCUCCAGCAUGAAAGAUGCGCGCAAGCCGUUAUGUUAUGUUUUUCGUGUAUGCAAAGUGACAAAUUUGCACUAUAUUACAGAAUUAUUUUAUUUAUAACGGGGGGACAGUCCGCCUGUGUGCAUGUGUGAAACGCGUGGAUGUGUUUCAACCGUGGUGAAAAUUCGAUUCUAUAGCAUAAUUCAAUAAAAAAAAAGAUUUUCGAAUUGAAUCCUUGCGAAACAACGUUUGAAACGCAUUUCUCAUACGCGUUAAUUAACGUGUCGAUUAGGAACGAUUCGGAUGUUAGAGAGUGAGCCUGAGUGAGAGAGGAGAAAAAGAUUGUUUGUGCGAAUGUGCGAGCGAAUGUCGAAGAGAAGGAAGGGAAGAAAGAGGGAUGAAUGGGAACAGGCGCGGAAGUGGAAUAGAAACGAAAGAAAAGAAGUCGAAACUCUGCCAUCUCCGACGAUCCCGGACAGGAACUGGGUGGAAUGAUGACGAUGAUGAUUCGUUACGUGUUACGAAAUAAAUUUUUCGGGGGGAAGCGUAGAGGGGAAAUAAAAAAUGAAAUGAAAUAACGAUUAAACGCGAAGUAAUGGCGUUAAGAUAUGAUUUUUUUUUCUUUUUUCUCCGAGCGCGAACAGGGUGGCAGGGGUUCGUGCUACGCCGAGUUGAGUGUAACUCACCCUCUUUUUUGUUUGUAUAAAAAUUAAUCGAAAUUUAAUUAGACUAUUAAUAACUGUUCGAUUACUGUAAAACAAGAAAACUUUACCAUUAAUUAUAAAUUACAAAAAAUCUAA